AUGAGUAAGAUGCACAAACUCAAGGAACCAAGGUUCAAGACCCUCGACGGCGAUGCCUUGCCCGCGCUCGACAUGGAGGAAGGACGGACCAUGCUUCGGGAGACCUACAAGCAAGUGCACAGGGUGAACAAGAAAGGUCGCAAGCUAGACAAGUUCGCCAUGAUCAACAUCCACAACUUUUCCUUCAGCGGCGAAUCGAGAGAUGGACGGAAAAGGAGAGUGGACCGAUUCCGCCACAAAGUGUCCGUGCUGCAGUCUCUUAGACACACAAACAUCGUCCGGAUGUCCCUGGCUGUCGAGGGGCCGAGCUACAAGGCACUGUUCACCGAGUUUUUGCCGUUCGCUCUCCACCUGUACCUGGACGAGAUGACAGGCGAUGAGCCGCAGUCUUGUGUCACACAGCUCACCGAUGCCAUAUGUUACCUGCACACAAGACGCAUCGUCCACGGAGACCUGAAACUGGCCAACGUUCUUACUGACCGAAACAGCGUCUUCAAACUCUGUGGGUUCGGAUCGGCUCAGGUUUUACCCCGAGAGUCUGACAAGCCCAACAGCUGGACCGGUACUCCAGAAUAUCGCGCCCCAGAGCUGGAUGAUCACUCGAUGGAGCAGAACGCCUUCAAGAUGGAGAGUUACUCGUUUGGUGUCUUGUCCUGGUGUAUUCUACUGGGAAACAGACCCUCUCACCUUCGUGGCUACAUUCUGACGACGGUGAAGAGAUCAUCCCGACUAGAGCCAGUUAACCGGGAGUGUCUCACCCGUCUUCUCGCCCUGUCUCCCAGCGAACGAGCAACGAUGUUCCAAAUCCGAGACAUCAUGGAGCGGCACACUCUCGAGGCACGGCCACGCUUACUGUCUUCUGCGAGUUCUUCUUCGUCAUCAGAAACGAGAGACGCUUCCAGCGAUAUUUCAGCAAACUCUUCCUGGCAGUCACAGACGACAGGUUCCUCUCCAGAACAGCUCAGUCCUAACGUCUCCACACCGGGGGAAACAGACAACAGGAUCCCCGUGCUGAUCGGAGAGCGGGAAGACAGCUGCUGCUGUGAACAGGACCCGGCUCACACUCUGUUUUCUCCCGACUUCUUCGCCGAGAUAUUCGAGUUCGACCCACUCACGCUCCACCCAGUCGCCACCACCGGACACCCGAUACCGGUGCUCAACGUUUCGCCGAGGUCCGAACCCCCGCCAAGAGACCCGUGGAACCCCAGCAUCUCCUACACAGGGCGGGGACUCCUCCGUCACCAGGUAGAGAAGAGUAACGGGGAAAUCACAGAGUUCCCUGAACCCUGGCUCUUGGGCUGA